AUGUCAUUUUGCCAAGAAAAUGCCCCAUUUGGUAAGUAUCAAUCUAUCAAGAAAAAAUGCCGAUAUGGUAGAGAAGUGUCCAUCAGCCAAGAAAAUGCCGAUCCCAGCCUUUACAUACCUCAUGACACGUCAUUAUGCAUGUUGAUGAUGCCUAGCUCUACCACCUCAGCAUUGAGAGUAGGUUUUGGUAGUUCCGUUGAUGGCGAGGAUGCUAAUAGUCGGCCAAGUCCAUCGAAUAAGUUUUUUGCAUCGGAGAUGAGAGCUGCCGAGCCCGGUAGCGAGUCUGAAACUGCCUGCAAACCCUUAACUAGUUCCUGGGCAAGCACGUUUUUCAGGCUUAAAGGAGCACAAGGGCGUAGCGGCGGAUGCUCCAUUAGAUUCGAAGGAGGCGUGACAUCUUCACGACUUUCUUCAUUCAAACUACUUGCGGGGAAGCCAACAGCUGGCAACGGGACCCAC